AGCGAAAUCGUGCCUUCUCCACCGGUUAACUAGUUCUCCCAUAUGUCAGUCCGUACAUUUGUUGACACGGAGUGAAUUUUUGUUAACGUUGUUUGUUAUUAACUCGCAGAUAAUCUGUUGAAGGGAGAGACUGGUGAAAGAGAGGUAGAGAGCAAUUUUGUGACGAUAAUUACAAUGGCGUUAUCAAACGGAAUGUCGGCAGUGAUAGCUUCCAUCCUGUCGGUCGGAUUAUUCGCUGGAAUUCAGGUCUAUAGGCAACAAUUAGCGUCUUCAGGACCAUUAACCAUUUUUGGAGGAUCACUUUCAUCUGUUUUGUUUGUGCUAAUUUUAACAGCGGUUGGAAACUUAGAAUUAGUUGUAUUUGGGAAGGGAUUUCAAACUUCUGCGUUUCCUGAAGUCUUUCUGUGUUUGGGGUUAUCAAUGGCGGCAGCUGCUAGGAUCCACGGUGUGUGCGUUACUACUUGUUUCCUGUUUUCAAUGGUGGCGGUGUACUACGUUCAAAGAAUUGCUCAGAAAACUUAUGCAGGUCCUCAGAGUCACGCUAACGUCGCAGGGCUUGCUAGUCAUAAGAAAAACAAGAUAAAGUAAAUAAUAAGCAAGUUAUUUUCCUUAUUUAUCUUUACAGCAAAAACUGUUACGUAUAUAUGUUUUAAUUAAUAUAUUCCAAUAAUAAAUAAUGCAUUCUUGUUCACAAACAUAA